AUGGGCCACGGAAGUGGUUGUAGGUAUUUUGGACGAUCGGCAGUGCUGCACAGUAAUUGUCGCGCUGUAGCACUUCUCAUGGGCUGCUCGAGUGUUCGCAUAGUUCACGAAGGUGAAGGGUUCGAUGGUCGGAGCGCUGUGCACGAUUACGUGAUUGCAAAAUGCCCAUGUGUUGUUGGUUGCCUUUGGAUGGUUACCGAUGGUGAAAUUGACCGAGUAUUGGUAGCUCUUCUCAGGUACUGCUUUUCGAAAUCCGGGAAAAGCGCAGGAGGCGAAACUGGAACAAGCUCAUCGUACCGUUUGCUGGUGGACGGAAUCGCGCGUGCACGAGCUGCUUGUAAAUUAAAAUACUUAACCGGUGGCGCUGUUGUCGCAUACGGUCUGCCUAUUGUAACUCAUGUAUCGGAUUGUAUCGCAGAAGUGGAAAAAGAGCGUGAAGUGCAGCUCGUUGAUGAUACGCCUACUGAAUUGCCAAUAACAGUUUGA